UCGGGUCUGACCACGGACGCAGGGUGGGGAUGCAUGUUGCGCACAGGACAGAGCCUGCUAGCAAAUGCCCUCGUCGAGGUGCAUCUUGGACGCGACUGGAGGCCGGCCUACCUAGCCAGCCGACGCCGCCAAGCUCGCUACGUGGAGCUCUUGAGCUGGUUCAUGGACGAUCCGUCCUCGUCUUGCCCGUUCAGCGUGCACCGCAUGGCUCGCGAGGGCAAACGCCUCGGCAAAGAGGUGGGCGAGUGGUUCGGGCCCAGUACCGCUGCGGGUGCGAUCAGGAAGCUGGUGGAUGAAUGGCCGCAAGCGGGGUUGGGCGUGUCGACAGCGACGGACGGUGUCGUAUAUCUGAAUGAGGUGAGAAGGGCUGCGAAAGCUCCAUCAAAUUCGGCGGGAGAAAAGAGAGCGCGACCGGUUUUGAUUUUGAUCAACGUGCGUCUGGGUUUGGAGGGUGUCCAUCCAACGUACUACGAUUCGAUUCGGCAGCUGUUCACCUUCCCACAAAGCGUGGGGAUUGCCGGUGGCCGGCCUGGGUCAUCGUAUUACUUCGUAGGGUUUCAGGGGGGUGAGCUCCUCUACCUGGAUCCGCAUCACGUCAGGGGACGCGCCCGGACCACUUGGUAUCUCUCCGCCUACUCUGACGCCGAGCUUUCCACCUACCACUGCGAUCGCCCCCGCCGUAUGCCGGUGCGCAGCCUGGACCCCUCAAUGCUGCUGGGCUUCCUUGUCGAUAUCGAUCCGGACACUGGAGACAUCGAGCCCUCACUGUCCGAUCUGGCAUCGAGAGUCAAGUCGCUUCCAAAGCCGAUCUUCAGUUUGCAGGAGGCAAUGCCUAGGUGGAUGAGGGACGAUGAUGAUGACGACGACGAAUUCGAUGAAGGGGAU